CGUCCGUGUCCCCGGCGAAGGCUCCGUGAGGACCCAGGGCGACGAGCAAGCGGGGCGAUGCUCAGGCUGCGCGGUUGCUGCGCGCGUCCCCGCGGCGCUCCGGUCCGGAAUGAGCGGAGCCGGGCGGGCAGCCGCGCCCUGCGGGUGCUGGUGGACAUGGACGGCGUGCUGGCGGACUUCGAGGGCGGCUUCCUCCGGAAGUUCCGCGCGCGCUUCCCGGACCUGCCCUUCGUGGCGCUGGAGGACCGGCGCGGCUUCUGGGUGUCGGAGCAGUACGGACGUCUGCAGCCUGGGCUGAGCACAUGGCUAUUUCUUCCUCCUGAUGAAUUUGACAGUCCUCGCCCUCCUCCCUUGCUCCAAUCCAUAGAAGCAUAUAUUUCGGAGAAAGCCGUCAGCAUCUGGGAGUCAAAGGAUUUCUUCUUUGAACUCGAGCCCCUGCCAGGAGCUGUGGAAGCUGUGAAGCAGAUGGCCAACCUGCAGAACACUGAUGUCUUCAUCUGCACAAGCCCCAUCAAGAUGAUCAAGUACUGUCCCUAUGAGAAGUACGCCUGGGUGGAGAAGCACUUCGGCCCUGACUUUCUGGAACAGAUUGUGUUGACCAGAGACAAGACCGUGGUCUCUGCCGACCUUCUCAUAGAUGACCGGCCGGACAUCACAGGGGCCGAGCCCCACCCCAGCUGGGAGCACAUCCUCUUCACCUCCUGCCACAAUCAUCACCUGCAGCUGAAGCCCCCUCGCCGGAGGCUGCACUCGUGGGCAGAUGACUGGAAGGCCAUCUUGGACAGCAAGCGGCCCCGCUGAGCAGCGGCUCUCUCGUGGUCCAGUGUGGGGCUCGCGGCUCAUGACUGGACAGCAAGCAGCCUGCUGAGGGCUGUGCUGCAGCUCCCUGGCAUCUCCUGGAGGACCCAAUGGACUCCUUGAUCAAGACCACCUCUCGACACACUCCCCUUGCUCUCCUGGCCCAGUCCUUUACCUGAUCUUGGGGCAGGGCUGGGAGAAAGGCGUUUGCUCCUGGGCGACUUGGCCUAACCUCAGGCAGGGGCCAUGCCACUGCCUCGCACUGCUGACAACAGGGUGUUCUCUAAGGAACAGAGGGGUCCUGCUUCAGGAUCUGUGGCCUUUGCGAGGUAAAGAGUGCCAGGGGCGGAUGACAGAGGGUCCCCUGGCAGGCACGUGCCCUUCCGCCUCUAACAUGGAGCCUUGUCCAACUUGCCCACUUAGUCUGUUUUCUCCUCCUGGCGUUCCGUGGCCACCAGGCUCUCUUGGAGGCCAACAGUGACCCUGCCUAUGACUAGCAAUGGUCUCUUUCUCUGGUGUCCCUAGAUCCUAUUCACGGUGCAGCGAGGAGUCAGCAGGCUUGAUCAUUUGUUGACCAUGUGAGAAACAAAUGCUAUUGACAUGUAGCUGCGGCCUUCUCUAGCACCUGCCCCAGGAUGAUCUUGUGUCCACCGGCCUGUGAUGUAAGCAUCUGGGAGUCCCACGUGGACAAACAGAGGCGGGCAUAGCUCUCUUUUGUGGUCGUCACGUGGUACCACGUGGGCGCAAGGGCGAAAUGGCCUCAAUGGUAGCAUGCCUGGCAGCCUGAUGGUUUCUUUUGGUCCCAUUCGUCUGAGAGAGGCCCUGCUUCCCUCAAGCCCAGUACCUCACACAUGUUCCCCUAACCCUGAGUCAGACACAGGGCCUUCUCUACGCUUCGCCCAAGGCCAAGUUUCCAUAGUCCUAGAAGCUGUUGUCACAGCCUCAGCGCAUGUUCCUUUUGGGCUGGUCCUUGGGAGGUGACACUUGAACCAGCCACCCCCCAAAUGCCCCCUUGAGAAUUUUAGAAACAGUGCCACUGAAGACCACUUGCAUCCUCAGAACCUUUACUUGCGAUGGGCAUGGUGACACACACCUGUUUUCUGGGCACUUAGGUUGGCACAGGAGUGUUGCGGUGGGUUCAAGACCAGUUAGGGUUGCAUAGCAAAGCCCUGUCUAAAAACAUUAAAAACCAGGACCCCA